ACAGUUCCAGUGGUCUGCGUGUGUGAUUAGCACGAUAUGAUAAAUAAUGAUGGAAAUUCUAAUAAAGAAUAUGUGUUUACUGUUAGUGUGUUUUUUCGAGAGAGAAAGAGUCGCAAAAAUAAUCGAGUCGAAGCUUUAACCACAGGAAUGAGGAAACUCACACCCAGCUACCAGGGUUAGAGUCCAGCAGCUUUGCACUCGGGACUCCGUGCUGGCGAGACGACGCGAGCCAUGGAGAACUUCACCUGCAGCGACCCAUCCAUCGAGAAUUAUCGCUACUUUGGAGCCGCGCUCGGCGUGCUGGUCACGGUGGUGGGUACCCUGGGCAACUGCAUGACCAUGCUGGCGUUCGGCAUCGAGAAGAAGCUGCAGACCAAGCUGAACGCGCUCAUCGUCAACCUCUCGCUGUCGGACCUCCUCUACUGCGCCUUUCUGCAACCGAUCACCGUGGACUCGUACAUCCACUUGAGAUGGAGGAUGGGAGCGGACGGCUGCAGGGUGUUCGGCCUGCUUCUCUUCAUGUCCAACGCCGUGUCCAUACUCAACCUGGGCUCCAUUUCGGUCAAUCGUUACUUUCUCAUCAGGGACAAGCGCCUCUUUGACCGGAUCUACACCAGGUACACGAUGCCCGCGUUCCUGGGCACCCCGUGGCUGAUGGGUCUCGCUUCGUUUGCGCCUCUCUGGACGAGCUUUGACUUCUUGAAGCAGGUGUGCACGUGCAGCUUCCAUCGCGAGAGAGGACGCCCGUACACCACCGUCCUGCUCGUGUUCUACUUCGUGGCGGGCAUCGCCUCCAUCACCGUCUUCUACUGCCUCAUCCACAGGAGGGUGGCCGUGUCCGCCAAGGCGCUCCACAAGUACCGAGUGCGGAUGAGCGCGCAUGGGCCGCCCGGAGCGCAGGGGAGGGAGACGGCGGUGGUGGCGGCGCCGCAAGAAGCGAGCACCUCGUGCAGCCUGGACGCAGCGAACAGCGCCACCGACACCACCGCGGCCACGUGGACGGAGGCGCUGCGGGACGAGCCCAGCGCGAGCAGAAGUCACGACGAGGCGUCGGCGAACUCGAGCGACCUCGACGCGGGUGAGAAUGUCACCAAAAAGAGGAGGGAUAAGAAGAAGAAGAAGAAGGAGAAGUCGGCGGCUUCUGCGGUGAAAAAAAAUCUGGACGGCGAGUUUAAGAAAGUCACCAAGAUGUGUUAUGUGAUUUUUUUGGUCUUUGUGGUUUGCUAUUUGCCGUUCUGCGUGCUCAACGUCAUCGAUCGAAAGGGAACAUAUCCACCGAUUUGGCACAUGAUGGCUGCCAACUGCACGUGGCUCAACAGCGGCAUUAACCCCAUCCUCUACGCGCUGAUGAACCGGCAGUUCAAGGACGCCUACAAGGCGAUCGUUCUCUCUCCGCUGCGUUUAAUGCGGAGAACUCGGCACUGAGACCCGCGUGUCUCCCUGCGAGGUGUUCACAAGAAGUGUCAAGAUGACAGACAGCCGCGCACGUGUGUGUGUGUGCGGUGUUGCGAGCCAAGAGCGUCAGGGCACGCGUCUCGUGGUUUUGUACAGACUUGUAUUCACAAUUUAGAAGCAAUGUGUGGUUUUUAGAAGCAAAGUAGUGCGUGUGAAAGCUUAACCAACGUUGGUUUUUUUUUUCUCUCUCAUUAGUUUAGAAAUGUAGUCGUGGUGAUGUCUCAGCAAAGUUGUCGCCAUAACUAGAUAAAGACUACGAUGCAGGGAAUAAGUAAAGCAUAAUAAUAAUGCCUGCGUUAUUAUAUUGUUCACGUGUGCUCUGCAUUGCUAUGCAAUCACACGUGAUGAGUAAGUUGCUCUCACGUGCACGACAAUAGGCAACGUUUCGGGCAAUGGCCCUUCUUCAAUAGCACAUCAAUGCAAAGUGCUAUGAAGAAGGACCAUUUGCCUUGAACGUUGCGUAUUUUAUAUAUAUAGUUUCCUAUUAAGGUCAGAGUGUUGUUGACGAAUGUUUUGAUUUAUGUUAUCAAUUGUGCGUGUUCACCAUGUGCCAACACAGCAGUAGCAGCAUCACCAAAUAAUAAUUAGUUUUAAGUUGAACACAAUUAAACGAUUUCUCUCUCCCCCUCUCCCCACGGCGCGUCUCACGCCAUCACGAGUCAAUCUCACGGAUUCUGAUGGGCACUCGCACGCACCCCCAUCUUGAGAGGUCCGGUGGUCAAUGAAGGGGUUUUAAACCACUUAUGUGCAGCGUUUACAUUCGUGGGUUACAGUAGUACUAUUAAAGUAAUUAGCUCAGAUCUUUUUAAAAUUCCCCAAUAAAAAUUCUUUCUCUCACCAGCACGAGACUCUACACCGUGGUUGGCUACUAACAUACGUGGUUAUUGGUUAUGAUCGUGAACCAUGAACGGGCUCUAACGGGGAAAGUCACAUAGCCAUUAAUAGGUACAUAUGGUCAUUCAAAACGUAAAUCUUGCACGCGCGACACGUUUGGAAAUGGUGUUAGUUACGUUAUUUCAAGAUAUGUAUUUAUACGGAAUGGCAUUACUCUUACACUUGAAACGGAAUUGUGUUUUUUUUUCUUCCUCCAGGGACAUGUGGGCCCCCGUUGUAAACCAGACACGUUGUACGUGCAGCGUCAACGAAACAUAGCGGCUGUUAUUGCGCCAGGCACGAAAUUAGAUCCUUUUUCUCGGUUAUUCAAACUGCGUCUGGUUGCUGUGGCCGUCGCUGUAACACUGUGACAGUCCUCACUGUCGUUUGGAAUCAUAACAGGAAUAAAUAACUCAACAAAUGUGUUAAAUAACACUACCUUAAAAAAGGAAAAACGCAUCAUAGGCAAUGGUCAUUUUUCCUAUACAUUAUAUAUUUGUUUUUCUAUUCAGACCACAAUGUUGUUGACAAGUGUGUUGAGUUGCGUUGUUAUCUGUGCACCGCUGCCAACGCAGCAACAUGCUCACCGUAAUGUUUUGUGCGUGGUAUCGUUUUUUUAAUAAACACUUUUUGUAAUGAAAAACACUGCACGUGAUCUCGUAUAGCUCGGAGCUGAUAUCUACACGUGUGUG